UCUUUUUUUUUUUUUUUUUUAUUUUUUUUUUUUUUUUUUUCUUUCUUCUUCUCUCUUUCUACCUGGUUUGACAAUUGAAAGGCCGAUGACGAGGGUGACGUGAUGAUUUUUUGCUGACUCGCCAAAUAAUCCUUGAGGAUAACCUAGAUUGAUAUGAUCUGGCAUGAGUGUCGCAAAAAGCUUCUUGUAAGAUAAUCUCCAGCUAUUGAUCCCGUAAUCAUCAAAAUUCCCAGUACAGUUCUCCAUAUGUGUGUCUCCGUGAUUCAUGGAUACUUCAGAGAAAUAUUAGUGAUCAGUUAGUCUGGCGCUUGUAUUAUUGCCUUGUUCUUGGCUUGUCGGUAGUUGUUCAACUUAUCGACGAUUAGGCUUCAGUCAACCCCCCUACCCUACCGCCUACUGCGUACAGCCUGCACGCCACAGACCCCUCAGAGACUCAGAGACCCAGAGACCAUCCUCCCCGACGCGACGGGCGGUAAAUACUAGAGAUUGUGGGCAGCUAACUGGCUAACUGGGUUCCUCCCCACUUAAAAAGAACACCGCAGAACCAGCGAAGAAAGCGGCGAGGGGGGCGUCAACACAAACAACCAACGACACCAACCAAGUGAGUUGGCAAGCGGGCAAAACCCCCCGCUUGGUUUGCAGAUAGACCUUGCGCUAAUCGUGGAUCUCUUGUAUUUGCCUGGUACUGGCAUUGUUCAGCCCUCUUUCUGGGCACUGGACCAUGGCAGUAAUUUCCAAGGGUUUUCUGUUUUCUUUUCUCCGUGUUGACGGGCUUACCUUGGUAUUGUUCUGGUAUUUCUCCUAGUAUUUUAUAUAAGGUUUUAUUUUUCUCACAAUUUUCAGCAGAUUUCGUAUUUGCCUGGGAUAGAAACAUUAUUUGGAGGUUGAGGCAUGUAUUUAAUUGUUGGAAUAUCAAUUGAAAGUUUGUUCAAAUGGAUAUCAUUUUUUAUUAGUGAUUGGAUACUUGCAGAGAUCAACUACCCCUUUGCCCCAUCAGCCUAGGCAGUGCGUUGUCUGCCCAAGAGGUUUUAUGAGUCUAACAACCUGCAUGUCAUGAUGAAAAGCGGCGAUUCGCCAUUUCAAUCGCCCUUUCUAUCUUAUCCCCUAUUCUUGCGAUUUGUCGGAUAAAGGUAGUUGUUCUGGAAGGCCUGGCUGUCGCCACGCGGGGCGUACGGUUUUAUUUUUUCUCUUCGCGGCGGUACAUUACAACUUCCAGUCGAACUACGCCUCUAAAAUUAUACACCCUAGUCAGACUUUUGCAUUUGAGUAGAUUAGUGCGGCGAUGCUAGGUACAGAUGAGGUGUAUGACGUGAUUAGUGUGGGUGACUUUUAGAUGGGAAGGGGAAGAUUCAAGAUUUCCUUGGCAAGCAUAAAGCCCGCCGCCACGCUGGAGAGAAACUCGAGCAACUGGCCUUUUGGGUUGCUGGAGCACGGCUUGACUUUUUUUUUUCUUUCUUUCUUGCUUUCUUUCUUUCUUUUUUUUCCUGUCCCAAGGUUGUUUUUGCGGCUCGACUGCCGGCAGGGAACCACGAAUUUUCCAUGGAUGAGAUGGGAACGAACCCGGGGUGGAGUGAAUCUAUCUUUCCCAUCUCUAAGGUUCGGUCUGAUAUUUUGGUACAGUACAUUACCGAAUCGAAAGGCGAAACAUGCCAGGGGCCGUUUGCUGUAUGGGAUACACACCUAUAGAUACGUACAGUACAUGUACAGAUUAAAUACAAACUCGGUAAUGAUAAGAUACUGGGUGAUUGAGUCAGGAGAAUUUGGCAAGGGACCGCCGACCAGAGCAUCGUUACACAGGCCAUACGUAAUCGGCGGACGAGAUCGGCGCCUUGACGAUACGGGUACGGUGUGACGGAGUAAUAUUCUAGAAGAAAAUAAUUACCGAACCCCUGUAAUACUCGGUAUGGAUCCCUGUCCACGCCAACCAACAGUAGCAGGGAAACCAACUGCCAGCAGCGAGAACAAGACGAGGAGAAGAAGAAAAGAGAGAGAGAGAGAGAGCAGGAACAGGAAGAACAACGCGGUUUGAUGUGAUGUGUUGCAGCAGACUAUCGUGUAAGUUACUCAGGACUCUUCCUCUUCCUCUUCUUCUUCUUCUUCUUCUUCUUCUUCUUCUUCUACUUCUACUCAACUACUUCUUCUUUCCUUCUCCUCCUCACCCACACAGAGACAUACAUAUAUCCUUAUCUUCUUUUCCUUCUCGUCUUCUUUCUUUCUCUCUCCCUCUCUCUCUCCUCUAUUUACUCUGUACGCCAACUGUUUGGCUUUCUCUUCACACACACACACACACACACACUCUCUCUCUCUCUCUCUCUCUCUUCCCCACACAGUGUCUGUACCCUGUGGACGUCGUCUAUUAUUUAAUUCAUACCAUCACCACCCAGUGUGCUGUCCCAACUACUAUUGCCAUCUUCUUUCUCUUGUCGUUUCUGCCCUCCUCGACGACAAUUUCAGUCUGCCAUUCAGCUCGAAGAACCAACACUGGGUUGACCUUGUGUGCUGUGUGGCCUUGUGUGCGUUCCGUUGGAUAAUCCUUAACCUUCCUUAUCUUCGACGGAGUUAAUUUGUUCCUGGAUAUCCACGCAAAUUCAGUGGUUGUUAACCGGGUAUCUUUCCCCAUUUGUAUUGGUGUACCUACAACAAAAUAAAGGACUCCAAAGAUCCCCCCGGCUGCUUGGUUCCCUGGGUCUGCCAGCCUCGACUAGGUACCCUUGGGGAUAGAAUAGAGCAGGAAAAUAAAAACAAAGGAGAAGAAGAAGAAAAAGAAGUAGAAGAAGAAAGGUACCCUAAUCUUGGAUUCGUCAAGGAAGGUUGUCAAGCACUCCUGGGACGACGGGGUAGUGUUGGCGUUGAACGCACCGUUGCGCAGACUAAACAAAACGUCUCAGCUCGUAGCAGCACCAACAACAACGGCGACAACAGCAGAAGGGCUGGAAACAAGGGUUGGAAGCCUAGCGGGGAAAAGAGGCCGGAAACAGGCUCGAAGGAAUUGGAAGCAGACUGGGCUCUGUUGUCCACUGGGCGCAAUGAUUGCGGGCACCUCGCGAUACUCUGCCCUCUUAUUCCGGUCCCUCACUCCUGACUCUACACCUCAACAGUCCCCUGAUUACUCGGAUUGCGACUCGGACGACGAUAACACGAUGGAACGCUGGCAGUCGGGUUCCAGGCCGCUCAGUCUUGCUAUCCCUCACUCCGGUGCUCGACCUACCCUGGAUGAUGUAUUAGCCGGCACCUCACCACCUCCCUACACACUCUCUGCCUUCAUGGCUUUCCUUUCCCAGAACCACUGUUUAGAGACACUAGAAUUCACCAUGGAAGCGAAGCGAUAUCGCGACACGUAUUAUGCAGACCCUACUCGAACGCAACAUCUCCGUAUGCUCUUCCAGAGGAUAUUAACAGCAUACAUCGUUCCCGCAUCACCACGCGAGAUCAACGUAUCAAGUGAGGUCAGAGACGACCUCCUGAACCAUUCUAACUCUCCCACACCGCCUCGACCAGAAACACUAGAUUCCGCUGUCAAACGUAUGCGAGAUCUAAUGGAAGAGUCCAUAUUCAUUCCUUUCCUUAAAAGCCAAAGUCCACCUCCAAUAUCGUCGUCAUAUUCACCCUUCGACGAAUCAACGGCACAGGAUGAUUCCCAAAUGGGCCGCCAUACUUCCAUGCGCCGGAAACUCUCACCUCAAUCGUCAUUUGCCUCGCCACGUUCGCCCAUGGCAGGGUACGCCCUACAGUCCCACACGUCGGCGGGCUGGUCGUCAGAAUCUCGAAGUUCGGGCCAGACCCAUUCCCCAACCACCAGCGGUGACUCCGGAUCCACCAACCUCACUGAUGAUUCCGGAAGCAUGACAUCCAGCCCUGGUGCUGGUGAACCGAUGACUCCGCCAACCACGCCACCAUUCAGCGAUAUGGGUUUGCAUUAUGGCGACCAGGGGCACGGACAGGGACAAAGCUCCAAGACAAGACCGGAAAAUGCUUGGAAGAAGAUGGGUAUGAAACUUGGUUGGAAAAAGAGGCCAGGGGGCGGUCCCGGGUCGAGGGAUGGCCGGUUUCCUGCGCCUGAAGAGGAAUAGAUUAUUGGAGUAGUAUCCAGCCCUUUCUUGCUCGAUCCCACGUCUCCCCUUUUCAUUUUGGAUGAUAUUACUACUACCAUGACCACCACUACCCGACAUAUAUGAGCGUUGCAUAUGAAGCAUUCAUGAAGCAUUCUCCCAGGCCCCUAGCCUCUCACCUCACGACAUAACUUCAUCCACACCUACAGACACAGACACGCCAACUAUACCUUCACCUCAUCUCUGCACUUAUCUCGACAAUACUCUCCCCCAACCCCCAAAACAAUUUCUCUACGCGUGUAUGUGCCAGUGUGGCUUCCUCAUCAGCAUGUUAUCAGCCAUUUUCUUCCUCCCCCAUAUUCCGCAUAUCUAGUUUUUCUUUUUUGGUUCUAUUGCAUUUUAAACACGGCCGGUUUUUCUUUCUCCCGUUCUUCCCGGUUUUAUUUUUAUUUUUUAUUUUUAGUUUUGUGUGUAUGCGUGUUUGUGUGGCAUGUAUACCCAUUACUUGCAUUAAUGGUAAUUUUAUAGCAUGCGAAUUUCAUUCUUACAUUUUUUCCCCCCUUGCCCUUCUACAGUCUCAACUUGAACCUAUAUUCAGUUUUCUCCUCGUAUCUAACCUAUCUAACCUGUAUGUGGUGGGUAAGGCCUGUGACUUUGGGCUGGAUCUACCUAGGUUUAAUGAAAUACCUGAGUAUUUUCUUUCUAUUUUCUUUCUAUAUCUCUCAUUCUCCCAAUCUUCUUCUAUUUUUGCUUUUUUGUUGUUGUUUUUCCUAUUGUGCUUUCACAUGUCACGAAAGUUAGAAUAGAUAUUCAAUUUCCUCCUCCUUUUUGUUUCGAACAGUGUUAACUACUUUUCAUGAACAACUAUUAUUUUAUUACGGUUUAUUUCGAUAUCAUUGAGGUGAUUAUUUCCUUUUGAUUCUACAUUAUAUAUAUACCUGCUAUUCUGGCCCCUUCUCGCUCUCUCAAACUUGAGAACUCAUGCAAAGAAAGCGAGAUAGAGGGGGGUAGGAGAAACAAAAUAAUAAUCAAAAUAAAAUAAAUCAACAAAAGAAAAUUAUUAAAAUUUAAGAAUGAUGAAAAGACC